UUCUCUGCCCGGCUUUGAUCUCUGCUUAACAACAGUAACGUCACACGGACUACAGGGGAGUUUUGUUGAAGUUGCAAAGUCCUGGAGCCUCCAGAGGGCUGUCGGCGCAGUAGCAGCAAGCAGCAGAGUCCGCGCGCUCCGGCGAGGGGCAGAAGAGCGCGAGGCAGCGCGGGGCAGCAGGAACGAGAGGCGAGCGCAGACCCACCCCGGACGCACAGCCCUCCCCAGGCGACCCAGGCACAGCCCCAGCCAUGGAACACCAGCUCCUGUGCUGCGAAGUGGAGACCAUCCGCCGCGCGUACCCAGACACCAACCUCCUCAACGACCGGGUGCUGCGGGCCAUGCUCAAGGCGGAGGAGACCUGCGCGCCCUCCGUGUCCUAUUUCAAGUGCGUGCAGAAGGAGAUCCUGCCGUCCAUGCGGAAGAUCGUAGCCACCUGGAUGCUGGAGGUCUGCGAAGAGCAGAAGUGCGAGGAGGAGGUCUUCCCGCUGGCCAUGAACUACCUGGACCGCUUCCUGUCGCUCGAGCCCCUGAAGAAGAGUCGCCUGCAGCUGCUGGGGGCCACCUGCAUGUUCGUGGCCUCUAAGAUGAAGGAGACCAUCCCUCUGACGGCCGAGAAGUUGUGCAUCUACACUGACAACUCCAUCCGGCCCGAGGAGCUACUGCAAAUGGAAUUGCUUCUGGUGAACAAACUCAAGUGGAACCUGGCGGCCAUGACCCCUCACGAUUUCAUUGAGCACUUCCUCUCCAAAAUGCCAGAGGCCGAGGAGAACAAACAGAUCAUCCGCAAGCACGCGCAGACCUUUGUGGCUCUCUGUGCCACAGAUGUGAAGUUCAUUUCUAACCCGCCCUCCAUGGUGGCCGCUGGGAGCGUGGUGGCUGCAAUGCAGGGCUUGCACCUGGGCAGCCCCAACAACUUCCUGUCCUGCUAUCGCCUGACACACUUCCUGUCCAGAGUGAUCAAGUGCGACCCGGACUGCCUCCGGGCCUGCCAGGAACAGAUAGAAGCCCUGCUCGAGUCGAGCCUGCGCCAGGCCCAGCAGAACCUGGACCCCAAGGCCACAGAGGAGGAGGAGGAAGAGGAAGAGGAAACCGACCUGGCCUGCACACCCACCGACGUGCGGGACGUGGACAUCUGAGAGCACCGGGUGUGCGCCACCAGGCUCCGAGCAGUGUGUCUCGCAGCCCCACAGCGAGUGAGGAGCUGGUGCAGGUGCUUCUGUGACAAAGUCCCUCCUUGGGACAUUACGCUACCAGAAGGGAAAGUUUCAUUCUCCUUGUUGGUUUUUUUGUUUUUGUUUUUGCUCUUUCUCCUUCUGACUUAAGCAGAAAAAAAAGAAAUUACCCAAAAACUGUCUUUAAAAAAAAAAAAAAAGAGAGAGAGGGAGAGAGAUAGAAUUUGCAUAACCCUGAGUGGGGGGAGGGGCUUAUGCUACAGAAAUAGAGGAUUUGCUACCCCAGUAAUCAACUAGUUCUUUAUUCAUUGCUUGUCUCUGUGGAAGAAUAGCGUUAACACACAGAAAAGUCUCCUGAGGGGGCUAGCUCUGAUUCUUCAUGUGUUUAAAAACAAAAAAACCUAAAAACAUUUAAAAAAAAAAAAAAA